AUUUAAAAAGUCUAGACGAGUUCUGUCGAACAGUAGUGCACUGGCUUUUCUACUUCUGCAUUGUGUGGAUCUUUUCAACUGAUGGAUUACUAAUAUUGAAUGAAUUGAUGAUAUUUUUGACGAAAGAUUGAAAAGUUCUAUCUUGAAAUAUUUUGAUAUUAUUGAAGAUUUUGCUAAGAUUUACUAAUUGAUUCUACGAUCAAAACCAUUUUUUGCAAAUAACACAUACAUCGCCUUACAAUGAAGUGUGCAGCAGUCUUUUGCAAAUCGAAAGGUGCAGGGUUCCGCCGUUUUGGGCACCACCACCAUCAUCAUCGGAAGAUGAAGGGUCAUGGUUUUCCUCAUGGUCGUCAUUUUAAGGGACACCAUGGUCUUCACGGCAAACAUCUAUUGAAACAUUUCCUUGGAGAAAAGUACUUUGGAAAAUUUGACGAAAGUCACUGUAAGCCCCAUGGGAAACAUCACUUUGGUCAUGUUGGACAUCAUCAUGGCCAUCAUCAUGAAAGUUAUCAUGGCCAUCAUGAUGAAAGGCACCAUGGUCAUCAUGAAAGUUAUCAUGUCCAUCAUGAUGAAAGGCACUAUGGUCAUCAUGGUAAACACCACCGCGGUCAUCAUGAUGAACAUCAGCUGGAUCAUUUAUAUGGUGGACGUCAUCAUGGCCGUCAUGGAGGAUGUCACGGUUGGUCUCGAGAAGGAUUCGGACAUGGUAAUGAGCUGCAUGGUCACUUUGGCAAGUUCGGGCAUGUCUAUCGUGGAUCUUGUGAUAAGCUGCGACAUGAAUCGGAUGGAGAGCAUCACUCUGCUGAAUCAGGGCAUGAAUCCGAUGGGAAAGAUCAUCAUGGCCGCUUCAAACAUGGUCAUCAUGAAAAACGACAUCAUGGUGCUUGCGGUAAACUGCAACGUGAAGUGGAUGGAGAACAUCGAUCUUCUGAAUCACGACAUGAUGUUACCGGAAAAGAUCAACAUGGUUACUUUGGCAAAUUUAAACGUCGUCAUCAUGGUCAACAUGAAUCGGAUGGAGAUUAUCACUCAGCUGAAUCAGGACAUGAGUCUGAUGGAAAAGAUCGCCAUGGUCGUUGCGAUAAAUACAGGCGUGGUCAUCAUGGAGAAGACCCCCAUGGCGUUUGUGGAAGAAAACGCAUGCAUAGAUUUCAUGGUAAAUUCGGGCAUGGUUUUCGUGGAAAAUUCAAGCAUUUUCGACAUGGAUGUGGCAAGCAUGGCCACUGCCAUUCAGAUGAUGAAAGAAACCAACAUGAAGAACAGCAACAAGCCAAUGAUCCAGAGCAACAGCUUGGUAACGAGCAGCCUAUUGAAGAGGUACUUCUUUCGGGACCAGAAGAGGAACAGCAACUUGAAAAAGAACAAACCAUUGAAGAAAUGCUCCUUUCUGAACCAGAAAAGGAUCAAGAACAUAAUGAAUAAAAUUCUACCAAUAUAGCAAUGAAUAAGCUUUUUUUACCCUCGAAUUAUAUAUUAUAAACUUUAUCUUGGUGAUUUUUGAAAUAUUAUCUUUUCCAAAUAACUGAAAUGACUUUCAUGUAUGUUUUGUUGUAAUAAAUAUUUUUCAUCA